CCGCGGGGCGGCUGCUGCUGCCGGCGGCGGCGGCGGCGGCGGAGGCGGCGGCGGCGGCGGCGGCGGCGGCGGCGGAGGGCGUGUGUGACCGGCCCCGGCCCCCUCCUCCUCCUCCUCCCAGCCUCCCCCCGGCCCCCCGCGCCCGCCGCCUCCCCGGGUCUGCCCCCGCCCCGCCCCUCCGCCGCCCCCGGCCCCUGCACCCCGGCGCGCCCGGUCCCGCUCUGGGGGGGUUGGUGGCUUCGCUUUGCCAUGAGUUUACCGCAGAAACCGGCUCUGAAAUCAGGCUCAGCGGCUGCAGCAGGAACCGGACCCGGCACCGGAGCGGCGGCGGCGGCGGCGGCGGCGGCGGUACCGCCUCCUCACCCGGCGGCAGCGGCAGCGGCCCCUCCUCACCCGAACAUCAGGGCCCUCCAGACCCAGGCGCCCCAACAUGUGAAACGAACCAGCUCCUCGCCGAGAAUUCCUCGAGGACCCGUGCAGCAGCCUCUUGAGGAUAGGAUCUUCACUCCGACUGUCUCCGCAGUGUACAGCACGGUAACACAAGUAGCAAGACAGCCGGGACCCCCGACCCCUUCCCCUUACUCAGCACAUGAAAUAAACAAGGGGCAUCCAAAUCUCGCAGCAACGCCCCCGGGACAUGCAUCGUCCCCUGGACUCUCUCAAACCCCUUAUCCCUCUGGACAGAAUGCAGGUCCAACCACGUUGGUAUAUCCUCAAGCCCCUCAGACAAUGAAUUCACAACCUCAAACCCGUUCUCCGCCCAGCAGAACAGUGCCAAUACAUUGCACAGACAACUGGAAGAGGAGGAAGGUUUUGGAACAGACUCCCGUUUACAGGUCCUUGGCUGGAAGAGGCUGGAUAAAAUACUGCAUUUUUGCAGCGGGGCCUCGACCUGCCCAUCAUCAGGGAGGAUUCAGACCCAUCCAGUUUUUCCAGAGGCCUCAGAUACAGCCUCCUAGAGCUACCAUCCCAAACAGCAGUCCUUCCAUUCGUCCUGGUGCACAGACACCCACCGCCGUGUAUCAAGCCAAUCAGCACAUCAUGAUGGUGAACCAUCUGCCCAUGCCGUACCCAGUGCCCCAGGGCCCUCAGUACUGUAUACCACAGUACCGGCACAGUGGGCCGCCUUAUGUCGGUCCCCCACAACAGUAUCCAGUUCAGCCACCGGGGCCAGGUCCUUUUUAUCCUGGUCCAGGACCUGGAGACUUCCCCAGUGCUUAUGGAACACCUUUUUACCCAAGUCAGCCAGUGUACCAGUCAGCACCUAUCCUAGUGCCUACACAGCAGCAGCCCCCUCCAGCCAAGAGAGAAAAAAAAACAAUAAGAAUUCGGGAUCCGAACCAGGGAGGUAAAGACAUAACAGAGGAGAUUAUGUCUGGCGGUGGCAGUAGAAACCCUACCCCCCCCAUAGGGAGACCCGCAUCGACACCUACUCCACCGCAGCAGCUGCCCAGCCAGGUCCCUGAGCACAGCCCUGUGGGUUAUGGGACUGUGGAGAGCGCUCAUCUUGCUGCCAGCACCCCUGUCACUGCAGCUAGCGACCAGAAGCAAGAAGAGAAGACAAAACUAGAUGCAGUGUUAAAGUCUCCUUCCCCAGUCCUUAGGCUAGUCCUCAGUGGAGAGAAGAAAGAACAAGCAGGCCAGACAUCUGACACUGCUGGAGCAGAACCACUACCAGAGCUUCCUCUGCCUCCGUCACCUGCCUCUGUUUCUCCACUUGCUAGGAAUACAGUUACUUCUCCCAUCUCUGCCGCUCUCAGCAGCCAGCCUGUCUUCACCACUGCAAUAGAUGACAGAUGUGAACUUUCUUCCUCAAAAGAAGAUACAUUUCCUGUACCCAGCCCAGCAUCUUGCAGAGAAACAUUGGAUCCUUCCCCAACAGAUAAAACUGAUGAUGACAUGUUCAAGAAACCGUGUGAUGUAGCUCCUAAUGAUAUUCCACUGAUUGCUAGUACUAACCUAAUAAAUGAAAUGAAUGGACUGAGUGAAAAAUUACCAGCCAUGGAAAGCAUUGUAGAAAUAGAAAAACAGGAAGCAUUGCCAUUGACUCUUGAAUUGGAGAUUCUGGAGAGUACCCCAGAAGAAAUGAAAUUGGAGCAUAUUCCAGUCCCCAUCACUCCAUCUGCAGUUCCUUCCUUUCCUCCAUCUCCUCCAGCUUCUCCUUCCAUUUCAGUCAUCAUUCCUGCUGCUUCCACUAAUAUUGGUACUACUAGUACUCCCACCACAGUGCAGAGAGUCUUAGAAGAGGAUGAUAACAUAAGAACUUGCCUUAGUGAGAAUGCAAAAGAGAUUCCGAACAAAAUUGAGGUAGAAGCAGAUGGACAAACAGAAGAUACUAUGGAUUCUCAGAACUUAAGUUCACGAAAGAGCCCUCUCCCAGCUCAGACAGCUGUAACUGCACCAAAGAUGUGGAAGAAACCAAAAGAUCGAAACCGAACCACUGAAGAGGUGUUAGAGGCAGAAUUGGAGCCUAAAGCUGAAGAGGAGCUUUCAGGUGACAAAGUACUUGAAUCUGAAAAUGAUAAAAUGAGCCAAGGGUUUCAUCCUGACAGAGACCCCUCUGAUCCGAAAAAAGUGAAAGCUGUGGAAGAAAACGGAGAGGAAGCCGAGCCUGUGCAUAAUGGUGCUGAGAGUGUUUCUGAGGGUGAAGGAAUAGAUGCUAAUUCAGGCUCCACUGAUAGUUCUGGUGAAGGGGCCACAUUCCCAUUUAAACCAGAUUCUUGGAAGCCUUCUGAUACUGAAGGCAAGAAGCAAUAUGAUAGAGAGUUUCUACUGGACUUCCAGUUCAUGCCAGCCUGUAUUCAGAAACCAGAGGGCCUGCCUCCCAUCAGUGAUGUUGUUCUUGACAAAAUUAACCAACCCAAAUUGCCAAUGCGAACUCUAGAUCCUCGGAUUUUGCCUCGGGGACCAGACUUUACUCCAGCCUUUGCAGACUUUGGAAGGCAAACCCCUGGUGGAAGAGGUGUACCUAUCUGUAAAGUGCAGAGCAGGCAUGGAUUGCCAAUUCUGGAACAGAGCAAAGCCCCAGCUUGCACUCCACUGGCGAUGUCGCACCCGCCCCUGAAGAGCCUGCCUCUAGGGCUGUUGAACGUUGGACCACGGAGAUCGCAACCUGGCCAGAGAAGAGAACCCAGAAAGAUCAUCACAGUCUCUGUGAAAGAGGACGUCCACCUGAAGAAGGCAGAGAAUGCCUGGAAGCCCAGCCAGAAACGAGACAGCCAAGCUGAGGAUCCUGAAAACAUUAAGACCCAGGAACUUUUUAGAAAAGUUCGAAGUAUCUUAAAUAAAUUGACACCACAGAUGUUCAACCAACUGAUGAAGCAAGUUUCAGGACUUACUGUCGACACAGAGGAACGGCUAAAAGGAGUUAUUGACCUGGUUUUUGAGAAGGCUAUUGAUGAACCGAGUUUCUCUGUGGCUUACGCAAACAUGUGUCGAUGUCUAGUAACGCUGAAAGUACCCAUGGCAGACAAACCUGGUAACACAGUGAAUUUCCGGAAGCUACUACUGAACCGUUGCCAGAAGGAGUUUGAAAAAGAUAAAGCAGAUGAUGAUGUCUUUGAGAAGAAGCAGAAAGAACUUGAGGCUGCUAGUGCUCCAGAGGAGAGGACGAGACUUCACGAUGAACUGGAGGAAGCCAAGGACAAAGCCCGGCGGAGAUCCAUAGGUAACAUCAAGUUCAUUGGAGAACUCUUUAAACUCAAAAUGCUGACUGAGGCCAUCAUGCAUGACUGUGUGGUGAAGCUGCUGAAGAACCAUGAUGAAGAAUCCCUCGAGUGCCUGUGUCGUCUGCUCACCACCAUUGGCAAAGACCUGGACUUUGAAAAAGCAAAGCCACGAAUGGACCAGUAUUUUAAUCAGAUGGAAAAGAUUGUUAAAGAAAGGAAAACCUCAUCUAGGAUUCGAUUUAUGCUUCAGGAUGUGAUAGACUUAAGGCUUUGUAAUUGGGUAUCUCGAAGAGCAGAUCAAGGGCCUAAAACUAUUGAACAGAUUCACAAAGAAGCUAAAAUAGAAGAACAAGAAGAACAGAGAAAGGUCCAACAGCUCAUGACCAAAGAAAAGAGAAGACCAGGUGUCCAGAGGGUAGAUGAAGGCGGGUGGAAUACCGUGCAAGGGGCCAAGAACAGCCGUGUCCUGGACCCCUCAAAAUUCUUGAAAAUUACUAAGCCCACAAUUGAUGAGAAAAUCCAACUGGUACCUAAGGCACAGCUGGGCAGCUGGGGGAAAGGCAGCAGCGGCGGCGCGAAGGCAAGCGAGAAUGAUGCUUUACGAUCAAGUGCUUCCAGUUUAAACAGAUUCUCUGCUUUACAACCACCAGCACCCUCAGGCUCUGCGUCAUCCGCACCUUUAGAGUUUGAUUCCAGAAGGACCUUAACCAGUCGUGGAAGCAUGGGCAGGGAGAAGAAUGACAAGCCCCUUCCAUCUGCAGCAGCUCGUCCAAACACUUUCAUGAGGGGCAGUAGCAGUAAAGAUCUGUUAGACAAUCAGUCUCAAGAAGAGCAGCGGAGAGAGAUGCUGGAGACAGUGAAACAGCUCACAGGAGGCAUGGACAUGGAAAGGAACAGCGCCGACACAGACCGGAGCAAAGCCAGGGAGUCCGUGAAACCAGAAAUUCCAGUGACAUCAGCCUCGGACAAGCCUACCUUGACAGAAGAGGAGAUGGAGAGAAAGUCCAAAUCCAUUAUUGAUGAAUUUCUACACAUUAAUGAUUUCAAGGAAGCCAUGCAGUGUGUAGAAGAACUGAAUGCCCAAGGCCUGCUCCACGUGUUUGUGCGAAUGGGAGUGGAGUCCACGCUGGAAAGGAGCCAGAUCACCAGGGAUCACAUGGGGCAGCUACUUUAUCAGCUUGUGCAGUCAGAAAAACUCAGCAAGCAGGACUUUUUCAGAGGUUUUUCAGAAACACUGGAACUGGCAGAUGAUAUGGCCAUUGAUAUUCCCCAUAUUUGGUUGUACCUUGCUGAACUAGUGACUCCCAUGUUAAAAGAAGGCGGAAUCUCCAUGAGAGAACUUAUCACAGAAUUUAGCAAACCUUUGCUUCCUGUUGGAAGAGCUGGGGUCUUGCUUUCUGAAAUAUUGCACCUUCUAUGCAAACAAAUGAGCCAUAAGAGAGUGGGAGCCCUGUGGAGGGAAGCUGGCCUGAGCUGGAAGGACUUUCUACCAGAAGGAGAAGAUGUACAUAAUUUCCUCUUGGAGCAGAAGUUGGACUUUAUCGAGUCUGACAGUUCCUGUUCCUCUGAAGCACUUUUGAAGAAAGAACUCUCUGCUGAAGAGCUAUAUAAGCGACUUGAGAAGCUCAUUACUGAGGACAAAGCAAAUGAUGAACAGAUCUUUGACUGGGUAGAGGCUAAUUUAGAUGAAAGCCAGAUGAGUUCACCUACAUUCCUUAGAGCUUUAAUGACAGCAGUUUGUAAAGCAGCUAUCAUAGCUGACUGCUCUACCUUCCGAGUGGACACUGCUGUGAUCAAGCAGAGAGUGCCGAUCUUACUUAAGUACCUAGACUCCGAUACAGAGAAGGAGCUACAAGCACUUUAUGCACUACAAGCAUCCAUAGUAAAACUUGAUCAACCUGCCAAUCUGCUGCGGAUGUUCUUUGAUUGCCUGUAUGACGAGGAGGUGAUCUCCGAGGACGCCUUCUACAGGUGGGAAAGCAGCAAGGACCCCGCGGAACAGAACGGGAAGGGUGUGGCUCUGAAAUCUGUCACCGCGUUCUUCACGUGGCUGCGGGAAGCAGAAGAGGAGUCUGAGGACAACUGAAUCUUCAAAUACACAAAAAAGAAACAAAAGAAACAAUUUAAGUAUUUUUUUAAAAAGUUUCACGUCUUCGCCAAUCACAGUGCAGCAAGGCCAAUUCUCGCAGGAACCCCCACGAGUGCACGAGUGGGAUAGGGGAAAGAGAACAAAGGUGAUCAUGGAGGAAAAAGGUACUGGAAAAAAGGCAAACUUCAGACCUGAGGGCGGGGGCACUAAAACCAAAAUACAUGUAUUAUUUAUAGAAAAUAUUUUGUUUUAAUCUUUUCUUUUUAAACAAGGACUCAUACUUUAAAAAACACAUCCGUUUAGCAAAAAGAAAAAAGAAAAAAAAGUUGAGAACUUUUUAAUUUAUUUUAAGGACUGCAAAUGUCAGUGUAAUUUUUUAAUUUGCAGUUUCUGUAUAAUACAAACAACUUGUAUAAUAGAAAAGCAGAGAAAUAAAUUUCCCUCCCCUUCA